UUUUAAAAAAUAAACCAACUGCUUCUGCAAGUUUGCACUUUUGAUGCUCCGAACAAGAGUUUGAUUUGGCGAGGCAUUUUAAAAUGGCACCCUUCAAAAUUUUCUCUAAAUCAUAAUUUUAAAUUGAACAAUAUUUUGUAAUUCAUAUAUUUUAUUAAUUUACAAUUCCGACAUCACAAAAUACAUGGGGAGUAGUUUGGCGAAGUUGGAUGGCCCUACCCACCUGGUGAUGGUGGGUUUGGAUUCGGCAGGUAAGACGACUGUUCUUUACAGGUUGAAGUUUGAUCAGUACGUCAGCACCGUCCCCACCGUCGGUUUCAACUGCGAGAAGAUAAAGGGCACUCUGGGGAAAGCCAAGGGAGUCAGCUUCAUCGUUUGGGAUGUUGGAGGACAAGACAAGGUUCGUCCACUGUGGCGCUCAUACACCCGAUCAACAGACGGAAUCGUCUUCGUAGUCGACAGUGCAGACACGGAACGAAUUGAAGAGGCAAAGGUUGAACUCCUACGUACAACUCGCACCCCUGAAACUCAGGGUGUGCCUAUUGUUGUCAUCGCCAACAAACAAGAUCUUCCCGGGGCUCUCAAUGUAACGAUCGUCGAGAAAAUUUUAGGAUUGCAAGAGUUGAGUACUCAGGGCAAUCGGUCGAUAUGUGCCAUCCCUGCCUGUGCAGUCACGGGGGAGGGGCUGGAGUUCGCGUUGGAACAAUUGUAUCAAAUGAUCGUUAAGAGGAGGAAGGCUGGGAAGAAGAAGAGGUGAUUGGCCGAUUAUGUGUGAUUGGUUGGUUGUGAUUGGUUAGUUUUUAUUUGUAGGUUGUGAUUGGCCAGUUAUGCAAUUGGUCAGUUGUGUGAUUGGUCACGUGUGAUUGUUCAGUUAGUCAGCUGUGUGGUUAUUUGUUGAUUGAGUGGUUGAAAAUGUAGUUUUGUUAAUUUAUGACUUGAUAACUAUAUUUCAAGGUCGUUUUCAUUUUCAUCUUUUCUAAAUUUGAUUGACAUAUUUUGAUUGUAUAAUCAGCCAUCUACUCCAUCUACAUAGAUAAUGAAACGUCAUGCGUAGAACAUUUACAGCUAUUUAAUUUUUUUUUAUCUUUGUAAUCAGUGGAGAUGUGUAUAGUUCAGCUUAGUUAUAUAAUUGUUUCAUUAAUUUUCAUUUUUAUUUAUAUGACAAUUGAAAAAAAAUUCACAUACAUAUCUGUGUGAUA